AUGGCUGCGAGAGGCGUUCUCACGGCAUUCUGCCUCUUUGCCCUCCCGCUUCUGUCGUGGGCGCAUACCGUCAUUGUCUAUCCCGGCUGGCGAGGCGACAAUCUCAUCACAAACGACACAUUCCCAUACGGCAUGCAGUGGAUGUAUCCUUGCGGCGGAAUCCCUCUGACGACAAACCGCACAUACUGGCCCACGACCGGCGGCCCGAUAUCCUUCCAGCCCGGCUGGUUUGUCGGCCAUGCGACGGCCAUGCUGCAGGUCAACUUAGGUCUUGGAACCGACGGCCCUGAUGGCGGUCCGCUAGAGAUGGCGCAUCAGAUCGUGCCGCCCUUUUCCAUUGUCGGCCCCAGCAACAAUCCCUUCCCAGGCACCAUCUGUCUAGACAAGGUGCAGAUUCCGAACCCUGCCGACAUUGGCAUCAAGGCCGGCGUCAACGCGACGAUUCAGGUCCUCAUGAACGCCCAGCAUGGGGCUUCUUUGUUUUCGUGCGUCGAUAUUACCUUUGUCGAACCCGGUGACAAACGCCUCGCGCCCGUCAACGGCACCAACUGCUUCAACUCGUCCGAUAUUGGAUUUGCCGACAUUGAGACCAUUACCAUCUCAAAGGGCGUCUUCAUCGAUGAUCUUUGA